AUGAUGCAGACAUUUUGGCCACGGGCCCAGAUACAGGCCUAUACUUGCCGGUGUGGCUCUUGUUUGAAGAGCUCUGCUUCAAAUGCUGCGUCGAACCGAACCGUGUCAGCCGCGAGCCGAAGACGGAUGUUGAUUGGAAAUAGCGUCACCGGGUUUUAUGCUACUCUAUUUGCUACCGCUGUAGCAUGGGAUACCAGCGUCAAGACAAGAAGAAGAAUUGAGAGACAACAGGAAAUCGAAGCUGUGAAGGCUGAAGUUGAAGCACUCGAACUUGAUCAACUCCGUCGAUUGGAAGCGCUGGCGUCAAGGAAGAGGACUCGGACGUCGACAACAUCACAACAACGGAGAAAAUUCAGUACAUCUACAAGGCCGGAUACUCUUCAGCGCAGAUGCCGUGAAUUAUCGACCCAAGCUGUGGGAGCUCAAUAUCGAAACUCGGAAACAGAAGCGCUUGAUGUGGGAUACGUCAACCCAGGGGUUGAGGAUCCGGCGACCCCACGGAUACAACCACACCCUCGCGAGUUAACUAAUUACGAUUUGGACGUAGACCCCAGGUCUGAAGCCGAAAUAGAACGAUACGAAAGCGAUCUUUCGCUCAAUGAUAUUCUACGGCAAAGGGCGAUCUUGCGAUUAGCCGCUAGACAACUCGCGAUCAAGAUGAUUUUACGGCCCGCUCUAGCCCACCUGUAUGCUGGUGUACCUUUUACGUCACGGGCUUCUUGCAUUCUUCCAGAUAUUGAAAUAGAAAAGCUUCUAGAGGAGCUUGAAGAUAUCCGGGUCAGGAUAGCUAAACUCCGAGGUUCUAGGGAUGCAUGGUUUGGUGACCUUGCCCGGAAUAUAACGAUAGUGGAGCAUGAAAACCUGGUUGCGGAGAGAGCUGCUUUAAACGAGGACCUGAAACGGAUGUACACCAUGUACCAAGACGACGAGUUGACAUCUCGAGAUUUACUUGUCAAAGUUGCCGAGAAUAUUCUAUCAUCGGAAGAACCGCUAUCGCGACUCUCCGUAUCCUUAAUGAUAAGGAUGUUCGGCCGCUCAAGGCAAAAUGACGUGGUGAACAUGAUAAUUGACUCAAUAUUUCCAAACGGUCUUAUUCUUGGGGAAGGAGUGAUUAUAGCCACAUUGGAUUUCUUUAACAAGUCUAAAGAUCUGUACCGGUUUGACGGCUUCUUAAACAGACUGUUAGGGGGGAAGCUGCUACGCUUGCCGCAGUAUUGGAAACUCACCAAGGUCGGCAACAUUGAGAUUCCAGUGCCGCCAAGGGGCAGUGACCAUGCAAUUUUGAGUACACUUAUAUCUUCCGCACUCGGUUUUAAUCAGCCAGAGAGGGCAGAUGCCUGGCUAGCUGUCAUGAGACACCGCGGAUAUGCAGAUAAUCCCUACAUACUGGGAUCAUACCUCCGAUUUUACUCCCAACAGCAGGACUGGGAAAAGGGCGGCUUGCUUCUACUAAGAGUAGUAGAUUACAUAUCUUCCGCGGUGGCGGACAAUGAGGGUCAGUUUGAGCGAUUGAUACUGUAUAUGGCCGCUUUCUGCAACUCCUGCGGAAAAGAUAGGCUGGGGAGCUCAAUUUUGAAGGCUGCUGCUGGUCAUGGUAUUGACUGGCAAGAUGCCUACAAUUCCACAGAUGAAAGAAUCGUUAUCUUAUCCACGCUGGAACGGUGGCGCGCAGCUGCGGGACUACCUAAACUCCCUGUCUCUCAUCUAUCUAUGGAUGAGAGGCACAGAGCAUUUGCAAAUAGCGUCAGGGGGUCCAUCCAGCAAGCUGUGUCAAUAACACAAGGCCGAAAAGUAUCAUACCAGCGGAGAUACGACCAGCUUGCAUACAAAAUCCGAAGCUCUGAGUUGGUCAUCCGUGAUUUGAAGUUUGAGAUGGACAAAGAGAGCCAUAGGCGAAACAUGAGAAAUUUGCAUCUCAAGCUAUCUCAGCCAAGCGAGACUGAAUUCAUCCGGGAUGAAGUUCACUCCUUGGAUAUAGCUAUCCGCGACAUUGCAUUAGAGAUUGAACGACAAACACGAAAGGCAGAAAUGGCGACUCUCAAAUCACAAUUGGACAUGAUACAAGCUAUGCUUCCCCACAAGCCUUUACAGUCAGACACACCAUCUUUGGAAACAUCUAUAACCCCCAAAUUUACAAACCCAAAACCUCACUCAGCCGUCUCCCCCACUACCAUCGAAUUACAGAAUCUCCCAACGAAAGUUUCCCCUCGGAUAAAAAGGAUCUCAACAAUCAACAAAUACCCAUCUUCAAGUACCCACAAAUCUUACCAAUCCUCCCCAUCUAAUUGA